CGCACUCUGGCUCUGCGCUCCGCCCGAGCGCACUGGCUGCGGGCAAGGGGAGCGCUCAACCCAAUUCCACGACAGGUAGUGAGGGGUGCUCAGCCUGGCACGGGUAUCGGAAGUGAGGCGGGUGUUCAGCCUGGUGCACCAGCAGACAGUGAGUGCAGAUCAGGUCGGUGCCCCAGAACAUUGUAAAAAAGGAGCUCAGACUCGUGCACCUGCAGACAGUAACGGAGAACACAGCACAAUGCACCAGCAGACAGUAAGAGGGGCGCUUAGUUCCGUGCACGAGCACUGAGAGGGGCCCCUCAGUUCGGUGCACCAGCAGACAGCAAGGAGAGUGCUAAGCCUCGUGCAGUGGCAGACUGUAAGGGGCGGGGAAGCUCAGCCCUAUAUACUCGCAGACAAUGAGGGGGGGGCCCUCAGCACCGUGCACACGCAGACGAUUGCUGAGCCUUCCUGACCCUCUCUGGCCCACCUUUGCCAGAGGCUGCGGAGCCAGACGAGGCGGGGCUGCGGACACCCAAGUGGCGGGAGGCGGAGCCGGAGUCUUAGCCCCUUGCAGCCCAAAGAGGGUACAGCAUCGCCGAGACACCGCGCCUUGGAGACACCUGUUGCCAGCACCCUCCACCCCAUUUGGUCCGCGUGCAGGGGACUGACUCAUACUCUAGAGGUGUGUAGGCUCUGAUCUUUCGAGGCCUGGCCUCUGUUGGCCCGGUGGGGCUGGGGGUGCAUGCGGUGGCGCUCUCUCAGCCUGCCAUGGAACGUGCCCUGCCCGACGGGGCCCUCAAUGUGUCUUGGGGGCCGAGCGCUGGAGAGGCGGCAGCGCCCGGCUUCUCCGCUGCCUGGACUGUGGUCCUAGCUGUGCUGAUGGCGCUGCUGAUCGUGGCAACCGUGGUGGGCAACGCGCUAGUCAUGUUGGCCUUCGUGGUGGACUCCAGCCUUCGCACACAAAACAACUUCUUCCUCCUCAAUUUGGCCAUCUCUGAUUUCCUAGUAGGAGCCUUUUGCAUCCCCUUGUAUGUGCCCUAUGUGCUGACUGGCAAGUGGACCUUUGGAAGGAGUUUUUGCAAGUUGUGGCUGGUGGUUGACUAUCUGCUCUGCACCUCUUCAGUCUUCAACAUUGUGUUGAUCAGUUAUGACCGGUUUCUUUCUGUUACCAGGGCGGUUGCAUAUCGUGCUCAGCAAGGCAAUACUAGACAGGCAGUGCAGAAGAUGGUAUUGGUUUGGGUGCUGGCCUUCCUACUCUAUGGACCCGCCAUCUUGAGCUGGGAGUACCUCUCUGGUGAAAGCAUCAUCCCAGAGGGUGAGUGUUAUGCUGAGUUUUUCUACAACUGGUACUUCCUCAUCACAGCCUCCACACUGGAGUUCUUCACACCCUUCCUCAGUGUGACCUUCUUCAACUUGAGCAUCUAUCUGAACAUCCAGAAACGAACCCGAGACCGGCUGGACGUGGGCCGGGAGGAGCCUGGGAGGCUCUUCAACCAUGAGUCAGAAACAAAUCCCAAGUUUUCCCUGAAGUGCUGGGAGUGGGAGCAGAAGAUGCCUCGGGAGACCUUGAACCUUCACAAGUAUGAGGCACACCCUGCAGACAAGCCAGAUGGUGCCCGGGACUCACCCACUUCCAGCUCCAACAGUUCCACCCAUGCUCCUGAAAAGCCAAGGUCUUUGAAAAGGAGCUACAAGCCCUCCGCAUCCACCUCAUCCCUGGAGAAGAGGAUGAAGAUGAUGUCGCAGAGCAUCACCCAACGUUUCCGGUUGUCCAGGGACAAGAAAGUGGCCAAGUCUCUGGCAGUGAUCGUGAGCAUCUUUGGUUUGUGCUGGGCGCCCUACACCCUCCUAAUGAUCAUUCGGGCCGCCUGCCACGGCCGCUGCAUUCCUGAUUAUUGGUAUGAGACAUCAUUCUGGCUGCUCUGGGUCAACUCUGCAGUGAACCCCAUCCUUUAUCCCCUGUGUCACUAUAGCUUCCGUAGAGCCUUCAUGAAACUUCUCUGCCCCAAGAAAUUAAAAAUCCAGCCCCACAAUUCACUGGAGCAUGGCUGGAAAUGAUUAAAAGCUGGGGGGAAAGUGGGGAAAAAUAGGGAGUGGUAAUGCUACCAGCACAGGAGUAAGGGGUCCUAGGUAAGGGGUCCUACCAUUUGUAGCUGGUUAGCCCUUGCAGAGGUCAGGAGAGAUGGACUACUUUCUUGUGGGGUACGGGCAGGCUGCCAUUAUGAUUCCUUCAGCAGCUGUUUAAUGCUGCAUCCCCCAAGUCUCUGUGGGGUGGCGUGGCUUUUUUUUUGCAUGCCCCAUUUUGGUCCAUCAAAGGUUGCCCUUUGAGUUUGGUGCGAGCCAUAAAGGCUUCACACUGUCGGGAGCUGGCCCACAGGUUCUUAUAGUCGGAGCUUAAAACAGCUGCUCCCACAAGGACAAAAUAAGAGAUGGAGAUGGCCGGGGUUAUUCUAGUCCAGAUACUCUGGGUCUCAUUGGUGUUGUUAAGCUGUCUCUCUCUUUUUAAGGUUUAUCAGGUUGUUUUUUAAAAGUGCUAUGUGUGUGUUUUCAUGAUCAAACAUUCUGCUCUCCCCUAGACUUCCUUUCUAACAGCCAGCCAGCCCCUGCUGUGCUGGUCUUCCUCUUUCUAUAUGCUGCCACCAUAGGCACUAGCUUUAGCCUAGCUCUAUAGACUCCUCCCUCUUGCUCUCUCCAUUCGGGAGAUUCUUAAGAAAGCAGUUCAUGGCAAGUGACCUAAAAGAAUCCUCAGUCUAUUGCUUCUGCUGUAUUUUUCAUUCUGGGUAUUUUAGGAAAAAUCAAAAAUAUAUGUGAAAUUCAACCUUCUUUCACUUUUUAAUGAAGGAUAACAAAAAAAAUCAAAGGAACUCAGUGCUCAUGAAGCCUGCUAGAUUGGCAGGCAUGGACUCCCACGUCCUCUUUUCUCUGUGCUGUUGACAUUGUCGGAGCUGUGGCAGCUUGAUCUACUUCUACCCCAUCCCACCCAUGAGCCACAGGUCUCUUCUAGAGAAACUAGACCCUCUAAGAGCAAUAAGACAUUCUAGAGGACUAGAGAUUCUCAGAAGAACUAGAGAGGAUUUGAGGAAUGUUCUGACUCCAUUGGCUGCCCAGUCAUUGGAGUCCAUUGCAGUCCAAUGGAAGCCAAUCAGGCCUCAGCUGUAAAGGCUGCAUUUCUUGUGUUCUGGGCACUGUGGCUGACAGAAGCAAUAGGACUCGUGACAUCACUCCAUCUCACGGAGACCACUGGAUGGCUCUGACUUCUUUUUCAUAGUUCAGUCCCAAAUUAAGACGGGAUAUGGGAGCGAAUUUGAGGUGUGGCUUUUUAUGAUGAUUUAAUUGCACCAGAUUUCAAUGAGACUGAGCAUCAAUCAAUCCAUCAGCAAACAAUGACUGCUUGUCGCAAUGGAGGAGGUCAAGAAGUACAAGAUAUCAUCCCUGUGCUCAAGGAAUUUGUAGUCUGGAAAGAAUUUGCAGUCUAGGGAGAAAAGGCAUGAAAUAAUCAACACACACAGUGGUGACAGUGAAGGGCACCCGAGAAAACUGCCACAAUUUCUUGGAGAACAAAACAAAACAAAAAAAAUGGUUUGGGUGAGCAUCAUUAACUUAGUUUCCCCUGUGUGGAAGGACUUCCAGACUGAGCACGGCAAACAUUUGACAAGUCCUUACGGAGGUCGCUGUGUACUUUUCAGUGUGAAGGGUCUGACCCAGCAGGGGAAAGAGAUGUGGUACCUUCCUCACUGGAAGCUUCACUGUCUAGUCGGGAAGAUGAGAUCAUUAGAGAACCAAAGGAUGGUUAGAGAACAAGACAGAACAAAACAUGAUCAAACUUAAGCGAUGUGCAAUUUGUAGGAAGCAGGACAUAUCUCAUACAAAAAAAAAAAAACAUAGCAUGCCCUUUGAUUCAUCCUCGCAUGUGCCUAACUCAGUUAUUUUGCAUGUUCCUGCUUCUGGCAAUGCUUCUGCUGCUGCUACUACUGCCAAACUAUGAAAUGACAAUAAAGUGUAUUUUUUCAUUCA